AUGUGUGUGGGCGGGAACUCUAGAUGGCUUAACUUUUCCAGCACAUUCCCAAUUCUAUUCUAUAUUAUUGCCUUAUUGGAGACGAAGAAGAUGGGUAACGCUGAAGCUAAAGCGAAAGCAGCCAAAGCAUCGACAGUAUCUUCAUCCUUAUCUGGCAGGAGUGCUGAUAAGCGUGUUGAGCAGGCUUUUGUUAGACUAACUGGAGAUACUUCAAAUUGCCUAACUUUUGGAAAUCUGAAGGAAGUUUUCAGCGAAGGGCUUGCAGAGAGCUUAUGGAAUUAUUUGAGUGAUUCUAAGCCUUAUGAUGGUAGAUUAACUUUGGACGAGUUUGCAAGGCAUGCGCCUAGUUUGUGGGGAACUUCAACAGAUGUUUAUGUGAAAGUCUGCCAACCUGUACUGACCAUGAUCAAACACUGUUCUGAAGCUGCAGGAGCAGGAGCUGUCGAUGGAGACGAGAAAUUCAUCGGUAAUCUCGUUCAUGAAAUGUGCGAGCGAGGUUCGAGCGUUGAGGAAAUCGUCAGCUGGAAGCACGCCAUGUGUCCAUCCUUUUGCGAUGCCCUGCGAGAUCUUGUUCUUCAUGUUUUCCUAGACUACGCAUACAGGAGUGUAGAAUAUUCGUCUGAAAUAUUGACUCCAAUGCAAAUGUGGUAUGUGCAGUCAUCCCUGCAGAGUAUUUUCUUUCCGAAAAAGUCCUCAGAGGUAUGUAGUUUCAAUGAUUUGUGCAUGUUUUUCAUCAAAACUUCGUUAUUGACAUUCCCGGAUUCCGAGGAAUCUCACGAAACAAUCGUGAACAAUUCGUGGACUCCGCUGUAUUCGACUGCUGUUCAUGGAAUUAGUGUGAAUCGUUUUGAAAACAACGUUUUUGACUACAGAGGGCCUACAGUUUCGAUUUUUCAACUUAGUGACAGCAGUGUCUUUGUCUUGGCUACAGAAGACACAUGGAGACACAGCGCCAGUCGUUUUGGUGGACCAGCAACAACGUUGUUCGAAGUUUUUCCGGACCUGAAACGUUUCUCUUCCCCUUCCUCGUCUAUAUACUGCAAUUUCAAAAUACGAUCUGCAGCAUUUGGACUCUCGUUCAUGGAAAGAAUGAAGAUUGAUAAGGAAAUGGGAAAUGUCGCUGCUAUUGAGGUUUGGGGAUGUGCUCCAUCAAGUGCUUUGCAAGACCAACAACGACUACGAAUGUGGCAAAGCAAGCAAGCAGAAAAAAUUAAAAAGGUGCCGCUACCUGGAAAUUGGGACGAUAAUCCUGAUAAGACUAUUUUGGAAAUGGCAGGUGUGCAAUUCUCCAAUGAAAGAAAACUUAUGGAAAUGGAGGCAAGAGCCAGACAAAAUUGA